ACCAGAAGCUCCAAAUGGCUGAGUACGACCCCAGGGGACUUGCAUCCCGAGCCAGAAGCCAGGGCAGGAAAUUUGGAGCUGCCGCCAGCGGGCAGGUGGCUCUCCAUCCUUCGUUCCCCUGACUUUGACAUUGGGAAGCAGCUCCCAAAACAUUGUCGACCAAACUCCACCGCACCUUGGACUCGACUCUUCCGACUUUGAGCCAACAACUUGUCCUUCGACGCCUGAUUAUUACUGCCACCAUUCGUAACGAUUGCUGGCAUUGAGUUGUGAUAUCUCCGGCAUAGUCCCCUCUUUCUCACACACCGCGACUUCACGAUGGCUCCUCCUCCCGCCGCCGAGACCAGCGCCUCGCCGAUUGGCAUUGCCAAUCUGCCCAACCAGCGCCACAAGAUUGUUGCGAAGCGCGGCGCCGGCUUCACUAUUAUGGUCGCUGGCGAGUCUGGCUUGGGAAAGACCACCUUCAUCAACACCCUGUUCUCGACCACCAUCAAGAAUUAUGCCGACCACAAGAAGCGCCACCAGAAGCAGGUGGACAAGACGGUCGAGAUCGAGAUCACCAAGGCCGAGCUUGAGGAGAAGUUCUUCAAGGUCCGCCUCACCGUGAUCGAUACCCCCGGCUUUGGCGACUACGUCAACAACCGCGACUCAUGGAUGCCCAUCAUCGAGUUCCUCGACGACCAGCACGAGUCCUACAUGCUUCAGGAGCAGCAGCCUCGUCGACAGGACAAGAUCGACCUCCGUGUCCACGCCUGCCUGUACUUCAUCCGCCCCACUGGCCACACCCUUAAGCCUCUCGAUAUUGAGGUCAUGAAGAGGCUGAGCUCGCGUGUCAACCUGAUCCCCGUCAUUGCCAAGGCCGACACGUUGAGCCCGGCGGAUCUCGCCAAGUUCAAGCAGAGGAUCGUUUCGGUUAUCGAGGCUCAAGACAUUAAGAUUUACCAGCCACCGAUCGAGGAAGACGAUGAGGCCGCUGCCCAGCAUGCGCGUAGCCUUAUGGCUGCUAUGCCUUUCGCCGUUAUCGGCUCGGAGAAGGACGUCAAGACCGGCGAUGGCCGCAUCGUCAAGGGUCGUCAGUACUCAUGGGGUGUUGCCGAAGUCGAGAAUGAGGAUCACUGCGACUUCAAGAAGCUCCGCUCCAUCCUGAUCCGCACCCACAUGCUUGACCUCAUCCACACCACCGAGGAGCAGCACUACGAGGCGUACCGCGCCCAGCAAAUGGAGACCCGCAAGUUCGGCGAGGCCCGUCCCAGGAAGCUCGACAACCCCAAGUUUAAGGAGGAGGAGGAGGCGCUCCGCAAGCGCUUCACCGAGCAGGUCAAGAUCGAGGAGCAGCGUUUCCGCCAAUGGGAGCAGAAGCUCAUCGCCGAGCGCGACCGUCUCAACAAGGAUCUCGAACAGACCCACGCUCAGAUCAAGCAGCUCGAGACAGAGCUCGAGUCCAUGCAAGGAAGCGCUGUCCGCAGCCACGGCCGUCGUUAAAAGCGUCGAGGGUCGCCUCGUCGGAUGCUCCAGGUCGGGGUUUGGAGUUGAAAAUGGUUCAAGAGAUACCACUAUGUCUGGAAGAGAUGCGUCUAGCAUCCGAGAGGUUGGCGGGCAGGACUCUGCAAUUUACGACUUGCGCGACUGCAUCCUUUGGUGGUUCCGAGGACAGUUCGUCCAAGCAAGCAAGCAAGCACGGCCUGGGUGGAGAGUCUUUGCUAGUAUUGUCACAUCUUAUUACUCCUUAUUGAGCCUUCUUUGAGUUAGGUACUUACCUGAUGUAAUUAACUGUUUUACGACGCCUAAAGUACUUUUUAUAUGAAGUUUG